AUGCCCAGCCUACCAGCGUCAGUCGACCUGGACGAAUGUAUCGCCCGCCUCUACAAGAAAGAGCUUCUCGCCGAGUCCGUCAUCGAGGCGAUAUGCGCGAAAACGAAGGAGCUUUUGAUGCGGGAAAGCAACGUCAUCCACGUCCAGGCCCCGAUCACUGUUGUUGGCGACAUCCACGGACAGUUCUAUGAUCUCAUAGAAAUCUUCAGGAUCGGAGGUUAUUGCCCUGACACAAACUACCUCUUUUUAGGUGAUUAUGUGGAUCGCGGCAUGUUUAGCGUUGAAACGAUAUCUCUCCUUGUCUGCUUGAAGCUUCGAUACCCAACUCGCGUGCAUUUGAUUCGAGGAAACCACGAGUCUCGAGGCGUAACGCAGUCCUACGGCUUUUAUACUGAAUGCUCCCGUAAAUAUGGCAACGCCAACGUUUGGCACUACUUCACGGAUAUGUUUGACUUUUUAACGUUGAGUGUUGUCAUUAACGACCAGAUCUUCUGCGUUCAUGGAGGUAAUCAACCCUGUCUAUCUCCCUCGAUACACUCCAUCGAUCAAAUCAAGAUUAUCGACCGCUUCCGGGAAAUCCCACACGAGGGCCCCAUGGCCGACCUCGUAUGGUCCGAUCCCGAUCCAGAUCGAGACGAGUUCUCGCUCUCCCCGCGCGGUGCGGGUUAUACCUUUGGCGCCCAGGUUGUGAAGAAGUUCCUGGCCGUCAACAACAUGUCCCAUAUCCUUCGCGCCCAUCAGCUCUGCCAGGAGGGAUACCAGGUGCUAUAUGACGACCAGCUAAGUACGGUCUGGAGCGCUCCCAACUACUGCUACAGAUGCGGUAAUAUGGCGAGCGUCCUCGAAGUUAGCGAUACCGGAGAGAGAUUCUUCAACGUAUUCUCGGCAGCCCCCGAGAACGACCUACACAAAGACUUGUACCUAGGCGGUGACAAGUCUGCAGACGGAAGCGCACUUCCCGAUUACUUCCUAUAG